GCGUACUACUGUGUCAGCGAAAUUUUAACCCAAACGUUUAACCAGCCCAAACUCUCGCAACAGGACAAGAUUAUAGUCAAUAAAAAUUGAGUCACUGAUAUGUCUCACACAGAUCGUAAUUGCUGCCUAACAUCGUGUUUUACAUGUUGCAGUACUCCUAGAAGAACAGUAGACGAAGAGCUGGAAUCUCUAGCAUCACACCAACAUGGACACCGUUCACACUUGCCUACGAAAGACUAUGAUAGUCUUGACUAUGAUACAUGUUAUAGUCAAAUCCACACUGAGAUGUUGGAGGCUAAGACAUCAUGGGCAAGUCGGCAUCUUGAAGUCUUUCGAUGGAUCAUGACAGCUGCUAUUGGUAUCUUAACCGGUUUGGUAGCUGUUUUCAUCAACUACUUUGUUGGAUUGCUGAGUGAUUGGAAACUUGGAACAGUUGAUAAUUACUUGGGUGACUGUUCCAGGUACAAGUGCCUUGGUGUGCCUCUCAUGAUCCUCCUAGCCUUCAAUGUUAUAUUUGUCCUCAUAGCAAGUCUGUUGGUAGCGCUCGAGCCCAUUGCUGGUGGAUCCGGGAUACCAGAGAUCAAGUGUUACCUGAACGGUGUCAAAGUACCUCAUGUAGUGCGUCUCAAGACCCUGGUGUCCAAGGCUGUUGGAGUACUCUUCAGUGUGGCAGGAGGAUUAUUUGUUGGGAAAGAAGGGCCAAUGAUCCACAGCGGUGCUAUCGUUGGAGCAGGUAUCCCACAAUUCCAGAGCAUCACAUUCCGCAAGCUCAACUUUAACUUCCCAUAUUUUAGAACUGAUAGAGAUAAGAGGGAUUUUGUGUCGGGUGGAGCAGCAGCAGGAGUGGCAGCUGCCUUUGGAUCUCCUAUAGGUGGUGUAUUAUUCAGCUUAGAAGAGGGGUCUUCAUUUUGGAACCAAGCAUUAACAUGGAGAACAUUUUUCUGUGCAAUGUGUGCAACUUUUGCCCUCAAUUUCUUGAUGUCUGGUAUCAACUUUGGAGAUUGGGGAGGACUAAGCCAGCCAGGUCUGAUUGACUUUGGAUUAUUUAAGUGUGGUUCAGGAAAGUGCAAUUUAUGGACAGCAUUCGACUUGCUAAUCUUCAUUGCCAUGGGUUUUGUUGGUGGACUAUUGGGGGCGCUCUUCAAUGCCAUCAAUACGUUCAUCACAGUCUGUCGCCUCCAGAAUCCGGUCAUGAGACGGAAAGCGGCAAGGGUUUUGGAGGCAAUCCUAGUUGCCACGGUCACGACUUUAGUUGCCUUUCUUGCUGCCAUGACAAUGGGACAAUGUAUACAACUUCCGUCAACAAAUUCCACAUCUCCUGCUGAGAUCAGCUCCUCAGUGAGGACCUAUUUCUGUCCUGAUGGUUACUACAAUGACAUGGCUACUCUGUUCUUUAAUCCACAAGAACAAGCCAUCAAACAACUCUUUCAUCAGGAAGGUACCUUCAGCCUUCAAUCGCUCGGUCUCUUCUUCAUGUAUUUCUUCUUCCUAUCAUGUUGGACAUAUGGGUCGGCUGUACCUAGCGGUCUCUUUGUACCCUCGUUGCUGUGUGGAGCUGCCUAUGGUCGCUUCAUAGGAAAUGCAUUGAAAAGUUACCUAUCCUACACACGGAUCUACUCCGGCACCUUUGCACUGGUAGGCGCUGCUGCUUUCCUCGGGGGCGUGGUCCGUAUGACAAUCAGCCUUACUGUUAUCUUGAUCGAAUCUACCAACGAGAUCAGCUAUGGUUUGCCUAUCAUGGUCACCCUCAUGGUUGCCAAGUGGUCGGGUGAUCUCUUCAACGAAGGUCUCUACGACAUACACAUCAAGCUACGAGGGGUGCCGCUCCUAGAAUGGGAAACUAACAGGAAAAUUGAAAGACUCUGUGCCCACGACAUCAUGGAGCCAGACUUGGUCUAUAUCUACCCUCACACCAGGGUCCACUCGCUGGUCAACAUCCUGCGAACCACUACCCAUCAUGCCUUUCCUGUCGUCACGGAAACAACGCCCAGGCAAAAGGUCAAGAGGUCAGCUGAUGCCGUGACGAGUAGGAACAUGAUGUUUAAGAAUGCCACUUUGACGAGGGCCGGAGAGAGGAAGCUCCGAGGUCAGUCCGUUCUCCUGAAUGAUGUCAACCAGGUCAACGAACUAUAUGCAACAACUGGUAGACGACGCUUUCACUCAGAAUCAACGUAUGCAUCACCCAGCUCACCUUCAAAUCCAUCCACUGAAGAGGCUACCGCUGAACCUGACCGUGAGAGUGAACAAGUUUUCCAGGACGAGUAUCGACCUUUGACCUUCCACGGGCUCCUCCUCAGGGAUAACUUGGUGACCCUGCUGCAACAUGGGGCAUGCUAUCCUGAAAAUGUCUCUAGUUCAACUCAGCCUGGUGUGACAUAUGAAGAUAUGGUGGCCAGGUAUCCAAGAUAUCUAGACAUCUACGACAUUGAUGUUUCUAACAUUAAUGCUAAUAUGAUAGUGGAUGUGAGCAAGUAUAUGACACCAUGCCCCUACACUGUCUAUCCGGACACACCCGCACCAAAGGUCUUCAAUCUGUUUCGUACCAUGGGACUCAGACAUCUCCCCGUUGUCAAUUGUUUUGGAGAGAUCUUGGGAAUCAUCACCAGGCACAAUCUAACAGAGGAAUUCUUGGAAGAGAAACACGAAGAACUUCACCACAGAACAACUAAUCCAGUAGUUGACGAUAGUUUGGGGUAAAUCUUUGAGAAUUGUAUCUGGCUUGAUCUUAUACUAAUAUAGUAUAAGUAUAUAAUAUGUAUAAUAAAAGUACUUAAAUAGAUGCCACUUCCCAGAUGGAAGUAAGACAUUUA